ACUCGAUAUUAACUUCUCAACUCUUCUCUAUUACACUCUCUACUACUGUUUUUCAAGUGCUUAACAACCCACUUAUCCACUCAGAUUCAUUUCUAUUGGUGGCGGUGGUUGGUAGCGUACAAAACAGAACCAUGAAAAAUGUGUGCAAUGUGGUGCAGGCCAUGAAACCUACCCUGCUGAUGCUGGUGGUGCAAAUAGCAUUUGCCGGUGUUAAUAUCUUCUACAAGCUUGCCGUGAAUGAUGGCAUGAGCUUGAGGGUCAUUGUUGCCUACCGUUUUCUAUUUGCCACCACUUUCAUUGCUCCACUUGCUCUCAUUCUUGAAAGGAAGAAGAGGACAAAGAUGAAUCGGACCAUACUGUUUCAGUCAUUCCUUUGCGGCUUAUUUGGGGGAUCUUUAGCUCAGAAUUUCUACUUGCAAGCUCUGUCGUUAACAUCUGCAACAUUUGCAUCUGCAAUGGCUAAUCUUGUACCAGCCAUAACCUUCAUCAUGGCCGUUUGCUUUGGUUUGGAAAGAUUGAAUUUGAAAACAACACCAGGGAAGGCCAAAAUAAUGGGUACAUUAAUUGGAAUUAGUGGGGCAAUGGUGCUUACAUUUGUUAAAGGUAAAGAUAUUAAGAUAGGAACCUUUCACUUCAAUCUUUUGCAUCAGAAGGGUGCGCACCCGCAGGUGCAUGCCACCGCUGGUGCCAACAUCGUCAUGGGUGCUUUGUGCGCACUGGCUAGUGGAGUCAGUUAUGCGUCCUGGCUCAUCAUUCAGGCGAAGAUGAGUAAAAAAUACCCUAAUCCGUACUCUAGCACUGCGUUGAUGUCACUGUGGGGAGCAUUAGUGUCCAUCGUGUUUGCACUUUGCCUUGAGAGGGACUGGAGUCAGUGGAGGUUGGGUUGGAAUAUUAGGCUUUGGACCGCAGCAUAUGCGGGUAUUGUGGUUUCUGGGAUUAUGGUGGUUGUGAUUUCAUGGUGCAUCAAAAUGAGAGGCCCAUUAUUUGUCUCUGUUUUUAACCCUCUGAUGCUAGUGAUAGUGGCCUUGGCUGGUUCUACCAUGUUGAAGGAGAAGCUACACCUUGGAUGCAUUAUUGGAGCAGUGCUGAUUGUGGGUGGCUUAUACAUGGUUUUAUGGGGUAAAAGUAAAGAGAUGAAGAAAAGUGAUGAAUUGGUGGCAGCACAUAGCCCCCAUGAGGAGGAGUCUGUUAGGGUGGAAGUAGUAGUGAGGGGUGAAGUAGAAGAUGAAAGCAAGCAAAAGAAAAGACAUGAGAAUGAUGAAAAGCUAGAGCAGAAUUCACAUGUAGCAAGUGAGAGUAACCAAGGAAGAGAUGAGGAAAAAUCUAAUACUCUUCUAUGUACUUAAUAUGCUUAUGCUUUAGAUUGUACUUAGGAAUAGAUACGGAUGAUUCAUCCAUGGAAAGUAUAUUAUCCUUUUCUAACCCAAACCAACUUGCUAAUGUCAUUUUUAGUAGUUCUGAAACAUUGAAAACACUUUUAAGCAAGUUAACAUGAGUUUUAACACCAAAACAUAGUGGCUACUGGGGGGUUCAAAGAAAAAUGGGCUAGCCAGCCCAUUAUGGAAAGG